GGUUUACAUCUCAACAUGAAGCUCAUCGUGCUCGCUGCCCUCGCCGCUGUGGCUGUUGCGGCGCCUGACAGCUACCACAGCAAGGAAGUGCCGAUCAUCAAACACGACUUUAUCAUGGAGGAGGACGGGAGAUAUCACUUGGAGUUUGAGACUGGAAAUAACAUCUUGGUGUCACAGUCAGGCUCCCCUACCGACAAGGGCGCCAUCGCCAAGGCUGGACACUUCUCCUACACGGCCCCUGACGGUACUCCAGUCAGUCUUAAGUUUGUCGCCAACGAGCACGGUUUCCAGCCUGAAUCUGACCUGUUGCCCGUGGCCCCAGAGUUCCCCCACCCCAUCCCUCAGUACGUGCUGGACCAGAUUGCUUUCGCUGCCGAGGAGGACCGCAACCGCUCUCCUGAGGACAGAUACACCUAUGCUUAAUUCUCAAUGCUCGAGGGUCAGAUAAAGAAUAAGAAUGACUAACAAUUUUCUCCGCAAUGAUGUAAUUUGUAAUCUUAUUUUUUUACAUAUUUCGUGUGUAGGUAGAUCUCGAAUUAUGUUUUGUCAGUACGUUGAUAUGUCAGCACACAGCACGCACCAGUCCAUAUGUGAAGGAGUCCAACACAGCGAUUGCACACCGAGUUACUUUACUGUCGAUACUGAAAGAACGAAAAGGAAUGCAGAACUCUGGUGUACGUGUGUGUGUGUGUGUGUGUGUGUGUGUGUGUGUGUGUGUGUGUGUGUGUGUGUGUGUGUGUGUGUGUGGGGGAGCGAGAAGGGUGAGGUUGCAGGAACGACUACAUGUCGAGAUCACUUUCUUGUUGCAAGCGAGAGGAAACAAGAACCUCAAUGUAUACAGCUUACCAGUGAGGCGCAAUGUGCAUUUCACACUGCUGGGAGGCGCGUCUUGGCGAACGUUAAACAAAAGAACACAACAGAAAUACGUUAUCAAGCAUAAUUACAGGCACACGCAAGAACACAUCUGAUCUCAACAAAUAAGGAAAGUACAUUCUCACUGUCACACAUCCAAACACAAACGCUUGAAUGGCGUGGGCUGUCUCUGAUGUCUCUCAUACCAAUAAUUUUCUUCUUUCCUUUAUGUCUCUUCCAUUUUUUUCUCCUCAUCUUUUCCUUCUUAGUAUUCAAUAAUAAAUAAAAAUAAAAAUAAGA